UGCGCUGUGGGCGUGGCUGUUCCAGCUGACAUUGCCCGGAAGUUGGGCUUCUUCAAGGUCACUGUGCUUUGCCCUUGGGGCCGCAGUCCUCUGGAGUCCUGAAGGUUCCUUGAGAAGACUGUGAGACCCCAGCAGCAGGAAAAUGACAGUGUGUGCGGGCCUGGGAGUCCAGAGACUGGGGAGCCGGGCUGUGGGCAAGGCGGAGCCGCGGUGACGGACCCUGCCCCCGCCUGCGCUCUGGAGUCGGAGUUCCGUGUCCCGCUCAGACCCGGUCCCCUCUGGCUGAGGGCGGGGCUGGGUCGGCACCGGACCGGCCCAGUCGGUCCCUGAGCGGUGACGCGGGCCCGUUCGGAGCCCUCUCUGGGCACCUGUGCCACAGCGCGUGUGUCCCCAGCCUGUGCGGCCGGGGGAGGUGGCGGCAACCCUGCGCGCGUGGGUUCUACGUAUGAGGACCUCAGGUGCGGACCUGCAGUGCUCUCUCACCUUGGAUCCUCGGCCCUUGGUUGUGCAAGGCAAGCGCUGUACCACUGAACGACAUCCCCAGCUUGUGAAUUCCUACUUUAAGUAAGAUGAAAUCUCUAAAAGGAAAGGGUUUAAUGUGCUCCUGCUUAUUAUUGGUAUCCAUUUCUGUCCUUUGGCACUGUAUUUGUUCAACAGCAUAAAUUUUCUACAUUCUGUGGAAUUUGAGGAUGUGGCUAUGAAGUUUACCUUGGAAGAGUGGGCUUUGCUGGAUUCUUCACAGAAGAGACUGUACAAAGAUGUGAUGAGGGAAACCAUAAGGAACUUGGCCGCUGUGGGGGGAAAAUGGAAAGACCAGAGCACUGAAAAUGAGGACACAAAGCAAGGGAGAAACCCAAGAAAUGUUAUGAUGGAGAAACUUUAUGAGAAUAAAGAUCAUCAGUGUGGAGACAAUAUCAUCCCAAUUCCAAAUCUCAAUCUCACGAAGGAAACCUAUAUCUGUGUAGCACCAUGUAAAGGCAGCUUGUGUGGAAAAGUCCUCAUGCAUUCGACAUUCCUCAGUGGGCAACCCAGAUCUCAUGUUAGGCAUAGACCACAUGAGAGUGAGAAAUAUGGAGAGAGGUCAUAUAAAUGUAAGGUGUGUGGUAAAGCAUUCAGUUGUCACCAGUGGCUUCAGAAACAUGAACAUACUGAAGGAAUCUGCUAUGAAUGUAAACAGUGUGGCAAAGUCUUCAGAUUUCAAAGUUCUUUUCAGACACAUGAAAGAAGUCAUAGAGAGAAACACUAUGAAUAUAAAGGAUGUGGCAAAGCCUUCUUUACUUCUGAAAGCUUUCAGAGACACUUGAGUCUGCAUUCUACACAAAAACCUUAUAAAUGUAAAGAAUGUGAGAAAUCUUUUCUUUAUCAUAUAACAUUUAAGAUACACAUGAACAUGCACAGUGGAGGGAAACAUUACAAGUGUAAACACUGUGGAACAACUUUUUUGUACAACUCAGCAUUUAAACAACAUGAAAAGAGUCAUACUGGAGAACAACCUGAUGAAUAUAAUCAGUGUGGUAAAUCCUCCAGUGUUUCCACACAUAUGGGACAUAAUGAAAAGAAUCACAAAACAGAAAAGCCUUAUAAAUGCACAGUAUGUGGUAAAGACUUUAAACAUUUCAGUAACUUUCAAUUACAUAAAACAAUUCAUACUGGAGAGAAAGUUUACAAAUGCCAGGAGUGUGGGUAUUCCUCUGUUUAUGUUCGGAAGCUUCAACUACAUAUGAGAGUGCACACUGGAAAUCGACCUUAUAAGUGUAAGGAUUGUGGGAAGGCUUUCAGGUCUUCACAUGACCGUCGAGAGCAUCAAAGUACACAUACUGGAGAGAAACUCUAUAAAUGUAAACACUGUGAUAAGCCCUUUGGUUUCUCCAGUGCCCUUCGUAGGCAUUUAAGAACUCACACUGGUGAAAAACCCUAUGAAUGUAAACACUGUGGUAGGACCUUUGCUUCUUCUGGUAACUGCCAAAGGCAUGAAAGAAAUCACACUGGGCAGAAACCCUAUGAUUGUAAACAAUGUGGUAAGGCCUUCACAUCUCCCAGUUACCUCCGAAUGCAUGUAAGAAGUCACACUGGAGAGAAACCCUAUGAAUGUAAACAAUGUGGUAAGGGCUUUGCUUUUUGCAGUGCCCUCCAUACACAUGAAAGAACUCACACUGGAGAGAAACCCUAUGAAUGUAAACAAUGUGGAAAGGCAUUCAUUUCUUUUGCUGCUCUCCAAAUACAUGAAAGAACUCACACUAAACAGAAACCGUAUGAAUGUGGACAAUGUGGAAAACCAUUCACUUCUACUGCUCUCCAAAUACAUGAAAGAACUCACACCAAACAGAAACCAUAUGAAUGUGGACAGUGUGGAAAACCAUUCAGUUCUUCUACUGCUCUCCAAAUACAUGAAAGAACUCACACCAAACUGAAACUCUUUGAUUGUAAACAAUGUGGUAAGACUUAUUCUUGCUCCAGUAGCCUCCUAAAGCAUAAAAGAACUCACACUGAAAGAAACCCUGUGAUAAAGAGCAGAAUAGAAGAUAGAUAAAUAGGAAUUGAGGGGAUCUUUUCCAAGUGGAUGGAGGAUCAAGAUUAAGGGAGAAGGGGGCUGGGGAUUUAGCUCAGUAGUUCCAGCACCUGUCUUGCAAGCACAAGGACCUGAGUUUGAUCCUCAGUGCCAAAAAAAAAAAAA